AUGGCUUUAUUCGAUCUGAGAAGAGAACUUCAUUCUAGAGGACCUCCAGUGAAUUUGAAUAAAAGUGUGUCCACAAAUAAACAUACACUACACUUUGAUGGCCGUUUUGUUAGCAAAUCAGACCAAUACCAGUUAGAAUCGUAUGGUUUAUAUACACCUAAUCCUGUACUUGAAGGAUUAAGUAUAUCGCAUAAGAAUAAAUUAAUAUGGUCGGCUCGUUUAUCGGAUAGUCUAUGGGCAUGGUUUGUUUAUGGCCGCAAACUUCUAGUAUGGAAUGCAGAAAACAAUAAAGAAAAUAAAACAAAUUCUUGUUUUGAACUCGGAUUACCAGCAUGUGAAGUGGCUCAUCAAGCCGCUUUAGUUUGGGUUUUUGAACCUGAAAUAGGAAAGUCGUCAUCUCAUUCUUGUUGUAUAGCUGUGUCUCCUGAAGGGUUGAUACGUUUUUGGAGAGAUGUCUAUGACGAAGUUGAAUAUUUUGAAUACAAUACUGAUUUGAUGGGAAAAGAAUGUGAAUUCCUAUAUCAAGUUGACAGUUCAAGGUACAUUUUGUUGACAACUACUGCUGAUUUGGUUAUGGUAACAAUCAACAUAUAUACUGUUCGCCCUCAAAUAAGUAGUAAAAUAUUGAUUGAAUCUACUGGUUGGCUGGGUAAUAUAUCUAUGAACAUAUCAUCUCUUGUUUUUGGUUCAACUGGUCAACAGAUUGACCCUAAAAUCAUAUGUGGCUGCGUUUUAAAAAGUUCUUCUGAUUAUACUGAACGCAUAUAUAUAGUUACAACUAAUGGUACAACCUUAACUAAGUGGAAUGUUUCAAAACCAAAUAACGAGAAACAAUUAUUUGAAGUUAACUUGGCAAAUUCUUUACAAGAAAAAUUUUCAAGUAUGAUGUUUAAUAGUGUUAGUACUGGUGAUAUGGGUAUGGAAAUAAUUGACAUGAAACCAACUAAUAAUCGUAGUGAAGAGGUUAUUGUUCUUGUACACACCAAACCAAACCAAGAUUACAAUUAUUAUAUCUUAGCAACCAUACAAAUUCAAGAUAGAAUGUGUCCAAUUACUUCAUUACAUGUUCUCAAUAAUGAUGAAAAUUUCUACUUGAAUGAAUCUACACCUCAGCUGCUAAUUACUGAUCAACAAGCAUUUAUUUUGUCUAAACAUUAUGUCCUUGUUGUUACUUUUGAACCAUUCAAAACUGAUGUGAUUGGUGUUGAUUGUGAUUUAAAAUUUGGUGGAGGUUCAGUGGUAAACAAUUACGCUAUGUUUUUCACUCAAUCUCAUUGCUCAACUGUAGUUACUAAAAUAACUAACUUGGAAUACAAUUUCAAUGAAUCAAGAAGUGUUCUUCAAUCUCCAGAUUUAAAUCAAUCCAUUGCUAUAACUGCUGGAGUAGAAAGUGGUAGCAACGAAACUAGAUUGAAAUCCGCUUUUCUACAGUUUGUCAGCCGAAAAAUAGACAAUUGCAGAGCACUAGUGUAG